AGAAACAUUACUGUUCAUGAGUAUGAAGAACAAAUAAGAGAAAAAGUUUACCCAAUUUUACCUCAUUUUAUUCAUAAACCAGAUUAUCAUGUUCUUCAACAAAUCCUUAACAAAUAUCCUUAUACUUUUUAUGCUUAUGGCUCUCGCGUGAAAGGAACUGCUAGAAAAUACUCUGAUCUAGAUUUAUGUUAUCAAGAAGACAUUCCUUCUGACAUCUUUUACCAAAUUAUCAAAGAAAUUGAAGAAUCAGAUCUGCCUUUUGUAGUAGAAUUAGUAGAUUGGAGAGAUAUGAAUUCUGAUUUUCAAGAAUUAAUUAAAUCGGAUUUGCUUCAGUUUACUUAA